UUUUUGCCAAGUCAAACUCUGUGUUUGUAAAUUUGGUAUUUCCAUUUGAGUUCAGUUCAGAUUCACCAUGGAAUCUGGAGAAAGCGCAAAGGUUUCAUCUUUAAGAUGGGGGAUUCUUCGCCGUGCUCUUCUUCAUCGUUCGGCAACUAAACCCACAGAUGAUCGAUCUAAUGCGACCCAUAAACGCAUUUCUAGGAAGUCUGCUAAGGGCUUUAACUUGUUACCUUUCUGCUUCACAAGAAAAUCUCCAGACGGCAAUGAAAGUGGCUCUAGAGAUGUUUGUUUGCGCUUUACAUUACCCGUCACUGGUUCCCCGUCAAUCUGUCUAUAUCAGAGGAUGGAUGAUGAUGUACCAGACCUUCAAGAUUUUGAGAUUUGUAACAAAUACAACAUUGACAACACUGGUCUUGUUUGUCGUUGGCCAUCUGAAGAUGUACUAGCCUAUUAUUGUUUGAAUCAUCCAGACAUAUUCAGGUCCAAAACUGUUAUUGAGCUUGGAUCUGGUUAUGGCCUAGCUGGGUUAGUCAUUGGAGCAAUCAACAAAGCCACAAAAGUAACAAUAACAGAUGGAAACCCUCAAGUUGUUGAUUAUAUUCAGCAUAACAUAAAUGUCAAUUCAGACGUUUUUGGCAGUACUGAAGUCACUUCUAUGCUUCUGCAUUGGAAUGAAUGUGAUACAGUUGAUAUUUCUGGAACCUUUGAUGUCAUUGUUGCAAGUGACUGUACUUUCUUCAAGGAGUUUCACAAAGGCCUUGCACGAACUGUGAAGUCGUUGUUGAGAAGAGACUCUGCAUCAGAAGCUAUAUUCUUUAACCCCAAAAGAGGCGACUCAUUGGAUAAGUUUAUAACAGAAAUAAAAGAAAAUGGAUUGCAGUUCACCUUAACUGAGAACUAUGACCCAGAAGUAUGGAAGCUUCAUCAGGAAUUCGUCGAUGGUACUAACAAUGAAUCAUGGCCCAACUACCAGACAGAUCAUUGCUAUCCGUUAUUGCUCAGAAUCACUCUAUGAAUAGUUUUUUGCUUUUUAUUGUACUGCACCAUUAUUUGUUUAUCUUUUUCCAUAUCGGUUUUGCAAAACCGAUUGGACUAGAUUUGAUUUGGUUUUUGAAAUGUCAUAAUGUUGAGAACCAUUGAUCUUCUUAUCUAUCAUAAAGAAGUAUUAGCUUUGUUUA